GUGAACGAGUUCCCGACGUACGACUUUUUAAUUCAGUCGUUGCUGUGCAGCGCGUGCAUCACGCCGCUCGCGGGGCUUCCGAUGUGGCUCCCGGGCCACGGCUUGUGUUUCGACGGCGGCGUCAGCGAUCUGCAGCUCGUCAAAGGGCUCGCGUCCAACGGGACGUUCUGUAAACUGCACUGCAGGAAGACGAACCCGGAGGAGUCGUGUGCCCGUUCUACAGCAGCCGUACGUCCCGAUGUGGUGGGCGUUUUUCCCCCCCGCGCCCUACAAGCUCAAGGAGCUGUUCGAGCUCGGGCAGAAGGACGCGCACGCGUGGGCGGACAAGCAGGAGAGUGGGCUGCGGAAUGCCAGGAGUGGUGUUCGCUGUCCGCGGAGGCGGCGGCGCGGAGAGCGGUGCGCGCGGCGGGCGGAGGAUUUCAUGCACCACGAGGCCGAGGUCGCGUUCGAGUACGCCUCCGGGGCGUUUUGCGAGGCGCAAGCCGCCGCGGAGGCGAUGCGACGCGCGGCGACGCGGACGGGGAAACGCGGGACGGAGGAGGAGCGCCGGGACGCGACGGACGCGCCGGGGUACGGCCUCCCCGGGACGUUCCGGCCGCACCGUCUCGUUCUCCGGUGGAUCGCGUGCGUCGUCAUCUACUGCGAGCUCAUGGGCCAGGCGCUGUUCUACGCGCUCGGCGCGGCGGCGGCGGUGCUGCUCCCGGGCGUGGACGCGGACAAGAUGUGGCGCAGGAGUUUGGAGUUUUGCCGACCGGCGCCGCGGGUGUUGUUGCAGCCCGUGCCGAUGAUGCGUCCGGGCGCGCGGAUCAACGCGAAGACCGCGAAGAUGUUAGGGAAGCUCUCGGUGACGUACCGCGUGCUGUGCUACCUCGUGCACAUGGAGACGGUCGUGUGACGCGUCGAGCGGAGCGGAGCGGCGCGGCGGCGGGCGGGGGAAGGGAGGAGUUGACGAUUUCGGACGACGCGCGCGAGAGCGAGCGUCGGACGACGACGGUACGCGUAUCACGUGCUCACGAUGUAUUAGAUCGAGUCACACGCAUCGCACGCGCGACAUCAGACGACGACGGAACGCGUAUCUCGUGCUCACGAUGA